AUGGCGGCAACGCAACCCGCGUCGGGCAUCGUCAUCUACGCAGAGCUGCUGGUCAACGUCAGACAGGUGUCUGUUAGGGCCACGCUGCCGUCGUCCGUGGACGCGUCCACCCGGGCCGACGUCUUCGAUGCCGGCCAGCGCCUGCGCAUCUGCCAUCGCGGCCAAUCCGAGGUGCUGAGCCUCCCAGUUCCGGUCGCCACGGCGGAGGCUCGUCUGCCGGUUGAUCAGGGCUCUGCGUCGGAGCUCAAUUGGAGGCUGCCCGUGUGGCAAGCCGAUGCGAGCGCCCUACGUUUCACGCCAGAGAACCAAGCGGUGCCGUGGAACUCCUCAGACAUCAGGACCGGGUCCCCCAUAUGCUGCAGAGACUGCGGCGAUGCUCUGGUCCAAAAUGGAAAAAUAAACUCCUGGAAGGAUCUGCCGAGCGAGAAUUGGGCCGAGAUGAUGGACUUUUGGCACUGCCACAAGCCUCACGACCACGGGCAACACGAGAGUGACAGCCUUGCCAACCGAGGGUACGGCGCGAACAAUGCCAUUACUGCGCAGCAAGGCGUCGGAUUCGUUGACAUUACGUCUUUCAUGUUUUCCGAGUCUGACUGCCAAGGUAUUCUGUUCUCCACGUCCGUGUCCGGGGCUAGACUAAACGCCAGCGCCGAUGCCAUGGACCAAGCGUUUGCCGGCAAGUUCCUGCACGUCUUCUGCGGCAAAUGCAGCGGCGAGGUUGGAUUGUAUAGCAUCCUCGCCGCGGGCGUAACGCUGUUCAAGUGGCAGGUUACGUGUGAAACGACCUCGCCCACCAAGGCACCUAGCGCACCUGAGUGUCUUGCUUCAACUUUGCUCUCCACGCUGUCCCGGUCGGGCUGCGCAAAGUCCGUCAUAGCACCACACGCUUCAGAGCACCAGGACGCCUCGGCACCGUUCCUCCACCUCUGGAUCCUGAACUCCAACGUCAUCUAUACGUCCUCUGCAGUAUCUGGUCGCAGGGUGGCUUUGAAAGUCUUAUACAAAGACAUCAGCCCGGAUGAGGGCAACAAGAUGGUGGAGUCGAUGACAUCGGAUGUCCAGGACAUUAAUAUACCCUCCAAGGCGAUCGCUGCUGCGAGGGAAGCGUUGCAGCUGAGCAGCAGUCUGCUGCAAGAGCGCGAGCGGAGGAUCAAGGAUUGGAACGGUGGCCUGCUUCAGAGAUGGACCGCUGACCCUUGA